GCGUCUGCCUCGCUUGUAAGUUGUAAAUCAGAGUAAGCACGUCGAUGCGCCGUCCGCAAGCGAAAAAUAGACAUAGUUUGAUGUAGCUCGGAAUAAUUCGAGAUAAUAGUAACACUGUUUGAACGGCGCCGAGGAAGUAACCACGCAGCACCGCACCGCCCUCUGGGCUCCGAGCACAGAAAAUGCCGAUGUACCAGCGACCCCCGUUUUGGCGCAUACCACAUCAAAGGCAGGACCCUGAAGAUGAACCCAGAUAUUUUGGACAAAGAAGAAGGGUGACACCAGGCACUCCGGCUGGUCGGGAGCUUCUUCGAGGCGACAUCAUCGCAAAAAUCGACGACUACGAUGCCCGAGACCUGAGACAUGAAGAUGCUCAGAACCUCUUCAAGAAUGCGCGCAAUCAAAUCAAAAUUGUUGUACAAAGGGGCGGCUCAAGUUCUCACCUUUACUCGGUGCCGCGGGCCACCGGCAGCUAUGUAGGCAGGGUUGCCACACCCACGUUCUAUCACGAACUCGCUGAGGACGUGGACCGGGAAGCUCCCAGGGGAGCCACAUACUCUUACCCGCCGAGAUCACCCAUACCAACACCCGUGGCACCGUCAUACAGAACGCCAAGUCCCCUGCCGCCGCCUACGUCGCCCCACGUAUGGCAGGGCAAAGGUCCGGAGUCUCUACCCAGGACGCCAGUUCAGAACUACAACUCGUUCCCGGUUCAGCAGGAUGGAGAGUACAGGACACUGCUGCUUUCGCCAUCGUCUGUGCGCACUGAUGAGACGAUCGACGAGUCCAUUCAAAGCCAGCCUUACCGCACAACGCCCCUGGUGUUGCCAGGCGCCAAAGUCCGACGUGAACCCGGCCCCACGGAGAGCUACCUCCGCCACCACCCCAACCCCGCGAUGAGGGCGCCCCCACACCACGACUACCGCGACACUGUCAUGAAACAGAAGGUUGCCGAAUCGGUGCUGCAGCGGGUCGGAGAGGACGUGAACAAGGUGGUGCACAAACAGUUCAACUCGCCGAUCAAUCUAUACUCGGACCAGAACAUUGCCAACUCGAUUAGGCAACAGACAUCGCCUUUGCCCCACAAGCCGACGCUGCUGUACGACCCCGCCAAGUCCGAGACGUUCCGCGCGCUGCAGGAGGAGGGGCUCGGCGGCGCCGUGCAGGAGGUGCCCGUGCCCGUGCAGCCCAAGGUCUUCCAGGCUCCGCCCAAUAAGAAACCAGUGCCUACACCAAAGCCAGCGAAGAAGCCUGAGACGAAACCGAACGGAAAACAAACGACCUUCGUGAAUUCGCUUCACGAAGAGCACAUCCAGCAAUCGAACUCGUUCAAACGCCUGAUGUACAACGUACUCGGCGACACCGAUUUCUAGGCCGCGGCCCCAACGCAAUAACCGCAAAGUGCAAGACGUGAACUUGGCAAAUAUGGACAAUUACAUAAGUCUGCGUUCGUCGUAGUGUGACCUAGCCCUAACGAAAGUUAGUUUAGGUAGUCUGCCAUAAUUGGAAUGAGUAAAACAUAGAAAUAUGACUGAUGUUGGUUUUGGCGGUUAGACGGCGCCAACAGAACACUGUUGGAUUAGCAACGAUAAGACUAACAAAAUUAAUUUAAAGGGAGGCCAAUAUUUAUGCUCCUGCCAGUGUGUAAAAUUAUUUUUCGGUGAAUUUAAUUAUUCUAAUACUCGAGUAUUAGUGAUAUAAUUUAUAUUUACGUUAAGUAGCUAUGUAACGUUUAUUACUAAGUGUUGAUUUUCUGUUUUGUACAGAAAUAUAUUGUUUAUGUAUACAAUGAGAAAUGUUGAGUGUACAAUCUAGUCACUUCGACCGAGCUCGGUCGUCCACGACGAUCCAAUUCGAGAAACUUUAAAUAAAUUAUUUAUUUUUAUCUAA